CGCCCGCCCAGCUCCUUAUAUACCUCGUUCUCGAGACUCUUGUCGUCUGUGAUCACCUCAUCUUUUGGUGAAUCGAACCAGACUUUAUCGUGCCAACAACCCCUAUGCGCGUAACAUCCGUCGUCGUCGCCUUCGUGGCUUGCGCUGUUGUCGGAGCCAUGCCUGCGCCGCAUGCAGAUGCCAGGCUUGGUGCACCGUCCUGGAAGCGUGGACCAGGUUCGCCAGACUGGCGCCGUGAUGCAGGAAACGAGCGAAAGCGCGAGGCUGAUGCUGAUGCUGAGCCCGGUUCCAUUGACUGGAAACGCGACCCAAGAACGCCUGACUGGAAGCGCGACGCAAAGGCUGGCACACACUCCUGGUAGCUGUCUGCGAGCAAACUCAGUGAAGGCCGUGCCUAGUCUUUCGUUUUCUCGUCUCUUCCCUAGCCGAUAUAAUUAUUGACUGUCCAACCGCUAACUCCGUGUUUGCUGGACAAUUCCUCUAUUAUCCCGUCGAACCAUGGCUUUUCAUGGUCAAGAGAACAUUAUGCCGCCGUUCUAAUCAGUCCAUCAACCUCUGAUCCAAACGUCCAA